AUGAAAUGCAAAAACGAAUAUUGUAAAAAGAAAGACGAAUGGGCUGAAUUUGAGAAACGAAUGGGCCUUAAAAGAACCGAAGGUCGGGAGAAAAAGUCUUGUGGCGUAAAAGUCGUCAGUAGCUUCAGGUCGGUUAAAGAAAUAUGAACCAUUGGUCACGAGAGAUUUUGUGCCUUUCGAAGAUUAUGACGAACUAAGCAUUGACAAUAUAAAAGACGCUUGCGAACGCUUCUACAAUGCUCCACAAAACACUUGUGAUAUCCUAGCGUCUGACCGAGGCCUGUCGUGUACCAGGUUUGAACAACUAAAGGGGAAAAAGGUUUUCUUCAUACGCUUUCUACAACCAGAAAAUGAGAGCCAACGCAACGAUGAUAUGUCAAAGAACGAUAAUAUGACAAAACAUAGUUAUGACAAAACAAGCAAAGGCUGGUACGAAGUCAUCCCCAGUAAAGUUCAAGUCAUUCGCUUUGUAGCCCACGGCCACGUGCUCCUGCUACAGUCUUCCCAAAGUCUGUAUCAAUUGGCGAUUUGCUUAAAGCUGGGAAGUUGAUAAAGCCACCAAACGCAUAUAUAUUUAACUUAGAGUAUUUCGAUGUUCACAAAUGCAUUUGGGUUAACGCUUCCACCAUAAAACUUCAGGUUGAAGAUGAAAAGUUCGCAAGUGGCGCUUUUCGAGACGCUUACAAAGCGAAAUGUCUUGAUCCGCCAGAUCUGCGUGGUGAAUGGGUAUUGAAACGGUACCAGGAUACUUCGACAAACACGAUUGGGAAUGUCUGUUGA